CGAUGUGUGUAUAAUUGUUACAUAUUCUCUUAUUUUUAUCGAAAUAUAUUUCAAAAUGCUCGAAAUGGGAAAACAAAUAUCUGUGUGGUCCAUUUUUUCUUGGUAAAAUGGGUUAAAGUGAGGCGUUUUUGUAAGGAGCCUUUCCAUCCUGCUAGAAAAUGAUAUAUAAAGCUGGUUUAUCGCUGAAAUCCACAUGAUUGGAAAUAUAAUAUUAAAUGACACAAUGUAUUAGAACCAAUGUAUUCCGUGUGGGAGAGGAUGACUGAAUAGGCCUACCUACCGUUACACAGCACAUAAUAUAAUAUACAAUAUAACCAAUAUGCUAAACGUAAAAUAGCUUUAUACAUCGGCCUUAUCCUGUCUAGAGAUGUCUAUGGCGUUUUUCUGGAAAAAUAACACGAACUAUUCGAACGGUUCUUAUUUGAGUCAUUAUUACCAUAGUUUAACAAAUACGAAACGUUAGAUUAUAAAAUGUGUUUGGUUUGUGUGUGUGUUGGGAAGGGGAACAUUCUAGCUGAGUAUCCCAUAGCCUACCGGAGGGCUUUUUAGUCUCCAGUGAAAAAUAAAAUAGCUGUUAGCGGAUGUAGUAAAGUGCCACAUUACGCACGAGGGGCGCAGGCAUAUAUUUUUGUCCAGUUGCAAGAAUAACUUGGAACAGAAGAAACAUUGUUAACAUGAUUUUAUUAGCCGCUAUAAGGAGACAUGCAUUAAAUGAUUUUAAGUAUGAUAAUAACUUAAUAAUAACUUAAAGUACCACUGGCUAGAGGUAAAUAAAUAGGCCGUUGAAAUUAUUAUAAGCACGUCACGAGACUAGUACCCACUCAAAUCAAUGGUUUAGGCUAUUCAUUUUAAAUUCAUUUCUACAUCGGAUAAAACCCCAAAUAAGUCGCACCAUAUAGUGUUUUUGGUGUCAGAACAAUAACGUAAUAUAACCGUGGUAAUUAUAGUAACAAACAUAGCAAGGAUGAUCUUUUUCCCAACUGCAUGGGGGGAUAAUAAAGGCAGUGGUAUUUAUAAAGGCUGUGGUUAGAACCACAUAACACAUAACACAAUCAUAGCCUAUUGCUAUGAUUUACAUAGGCCUAAUCUAUUUCUAUUCAAUUUGGGGAUAUGAGUCUGAGGAUAUUGUCUUCAAUUGGAUUCUUAAGGAAAUAAAUGGGAUCCCACCGAAAUUGGUUCUGGCGGUGUAUGAAAUAACGUGCCGAGUUGUACACUUGUAAAAUGCAUUACGCACCAAUUACGCACAAGGUAUUUCAUAACAAAUGCACAUGUCUUUGAUAAAUAACGUGUUUGUAACGUGUUUGUUUCAGAUUAUAUUUCCCAUUAUGUUAACUAGAUAGGUAAACAAUCUUUGCCACGGCCUAUUUUGUUUCUGACUUAACCAGCAGCAAAUGAGAAAACUCAUGUUGUUCUACUACUAUACUCUGGCUUCAUGUAAGACCCAUUAGCCUUUAUAUUGUCAAGGCUGUUGAUGAUUGUUUUCGCAUGUAAAAUGAUCUGUAAUUGGUAACUAAGGGACAUUAACUAAUAGUCCAAUAGAUAUUUUGUCACAAUGUUCUGUGAACUUGAAUAGAGCAAUGUUUUGACGCUUCCUGUAGAGGAAAGUGCAACGAGCUUUCCACUAAACUGUUUUCAAGGUCUGCAGACAUCUGCAGUUAUUUGCACUGUCCCUUCACAUGUAAAUAGUUAUUUGUGUAUGAUUAUAUCUUCCCCCCUCUCGUGUGCGUGUGUGUGCGCGCGUGCGUGUCUGUGAAAGGGUGCCUGAGGUCAAUGUUUACAACAUAGAUUAUCGUAAAAGGUAAUGCAGCCCAUGUCAUGUCACCUCUACUAUCUAUCCACCAUUUUAGGUUGAACUGAUAGCUUUUAAUACACCACUUACCUUUACCUUUUCAUUUAUUAUAUUAAAUCUUUAAACAAAAUGAAUAUGGCAUAUUGGCAUUACGUGCUUUCAAUGGGAGGAGUCUCUCUUCUUGUGUUUUAAUUGGCUGUCAGCUAAAGCGCAGAGAAGUGUGAGUAUCUGUAAUUAUAUUCAGCAUGUUUUGCACAAGAAAUGUCAGCCAGAAAGGGCUAUCCUCAUCCUCCGUCAAAUUAUACACCAACGAUGUCAUGCUCUGACAACCAAAGUGGAAACUCGUUUUUAGUAGACUCCUUAAUCCACGGACGAACCGAGAGCGGUGUCUCAUACUACCAAAGUAACGGCGUGUAUUUGUCACCAGGCUCGGAGUACUCCUAUGGACUACCCAACCGCGCUUUUUUCUCUGGGCUCAGUAAACGCAACGAGAGCAAUUCUCAAACUAUGGUACCCUCAUCUGGCCCAUAUUCACAUAUUCAAGGGAUGGAAACAUGGCUAGAGACUUCGAGAUCUUGUCGAGUAGAUCAGCCGAACAACCAGCAGCAAAUGGCUCAUUGUUCCUUCUCUCCGAGCAUCAAAGAGGAGAAUGCGUUUUGCCUGUAUGAAUCAGAGAAGUGUCUUAAAAGGUCAACAACGACGGAAGACAUUUCCUAUUCCCGGUUAACACCGGGAUCAUGCCCGGUUACAAACAGCACCGUGCCUGUUCCCGGUUACUUCCGUCUGUCUCAGACAUAUACCUCUUCAAAGGUUUAUCAAGACGUUCAGCGGAACCCACAGCCUACUCAGUUCGCUCUACAACGUCCGGCCCGUUUCGACACCUCACCGCCAUCUCCUACCCCGGUGGCGGAUACAGGCAGGAGGGAGAGUGAAGCACUGCCUGACCCACGGUCAUGUGCUCCGGAUGAGGACACCCGGGCAUCGUCUGUAAAUGGUUUGUCCUCCCCCGAACCCACCGAGAGCUGUGCGGAAAGUCCAGUCAAACCCUUUAAAGGAGAUGGAACAUCUGAAACCAAAGCUAAUUGGCUGACAGCGAAGAGUGGCCGGAAAAAGCGCUGUCCCUACACCAAGCACCAGACUCUUGAGCUAGAGAAAGAAUUUCUCUUCAAUAUGUACUUGACUCGUGAGCGUCGCUUGGAGAUCAGCCGCAGCGUCUACCUGACAGACAGGCAAGUCAAAAUCUGGUUCCAAAACCGAAGAAUGAAACUGAAAAAAAUGAGUCGGGAAAACAGGAGCUAUCGGGAGCUAGCGAACAACUUCAGUUUUUCGUGAGACAUUCGUGCCGUAUUUGGCGCCCUCCUCCAUCAAUGGCCAGAGCGCCUUCCUUUGAGAAACCCUGUCGUGUGAAUAUGACCGUGUAGGUUAGGGCUACAGUUGCUAACUUAUUGAUAUGUCGUUGUGUUGUCAUUUUACCUGAAUUACGUCUCUGUUUUGUUUUGUCGUGGUUAUGUAUUUAUACUGUCAUAACAUAUGUUUGCUCCCUUUAUGUAUAUACCAACAGUUAAUAUAGAGAUGGAACGACUUAAGUGUUUCAGAGCUGACAAUAUCGGCAUUCGUGGUACAUAAAUACAUGUAUAUAGCCACCUUGAGUGACGCAUUGACAUCUGUGCUUGCUGGAAUAGCUCUUGGGGAAAUGUUGUAACCUGUAGCAAUAUAGGCCUACGUUACGUCAUGGAUAAAGAGCCUCGAUGGAUUUGAUAUUUAAUAUCUGCACAUUUUGCUGGUAUUAUAGCCAUAUAUACUAAAAGCAUCACACAAUAACUAUUUUGUAAAAGGUUUUAUUUAUACACAAGAAACUUAUCUGAGACUUGUAAAUAUUGUUUACAAUUUUGCCUUCUCGUAUUUUUAUUCAUAUUUUUAUUGUUCUCUCCAAACCGUUUUAAUAAUAUGGCCCAUAUUGUCAUUGCUUUGUCUAUAGAGAGACUAUACUGUGAAAUGAAUUGAUAUGUUGUCUGUUGGCCUCACUAAGUAAGUCAAU